AUGGCGGGUAAUGAUCAGCCGCUGCAGUACCCUUACCCAUUUACUCAUCCUCCUCCUUCCUUACCGGGGCCCCCCCCUGGUAAACAAAGAGAGAUAGAUUUACCAUUAAAAAGUAAGCAGCAACCCCACCUACUUGAAUGGUUAUUAAAGGCAAAAGCUGAAUUAAGGGCACUUACCCCAACACAGACUGCAGCAGCAGCAGCAGCAGCUGCUGCUGCUGCUGCUGCUGCGGCGGGGGACACUCACGGGGACUCUGGAGGUGCCGGGGUUGGUCCAGGAGGGGUUGGAGUGGGGGGCCCCCAUGGGGGGGGGCCCAGGGGGGCCCCAGGAGGAGAAGGGUACUAUAUUAAUGAUUAUAAUGAGGGCAGCACAGCAGCAAUAUCUCAUGCUGCAGCAAGAGAUGCAUUAAAUGCUCCUUUACCUGGCAGCAGAGGUGUAGCAGCAGCAGCAACAGCAGCAGCAGCAGCAAUACAUGCAACAGGAAGAGGGAGAGAGGAGACAGGUGAAGAAAUAGGAGGAGACAACAGCAGAAACAGCAGCACAACAUUGCUGCAACAAGAACGAACAACUCUACAGCAGCAGCAGCAGCAGCAGCAGCAGCAGCAACAGCAACAGCAGCAGCAGCAGCAGCAGCAGAUGGAGUACAGCAGCAGCUGGUCUGACGUAGAAGACGAAGGGGUACCCGUGCUGCUGUCUGCACAAAACAGUGGGUACUUUGGGGGCCCCCCCUUUAUAGAUAAUGAGCCCUUUAUAGAUAGGGUACAGUAUAAAGGGGCCCCCCAGUACCCUCUUGUUUCUCCUCUUAUAGAGGGACAGGAUACAGACACGACUGGUCCUGCUGCAGAUGCUGCUGCUGCUGCUGCUGCUGCUGCGGUGCAUACGUCUCCUGAAGAUACAGCUGGUCCUCCCUGUUUAAUUUCUGUAGGACCUGCGGAGACACCCGAGGAGGGCCCCCAAUCUCCGUCUCCUGCAGGUUCUAUUGAGGGGUCCCCUUUGGGGGCCCCCAUAGGGGCCCCUCUAGGGGGAGCCCCCAUCAUAGGAAAGGAGACAGUACUGUGCAGAGAGGCUGCAGAAGUCCUACCCGAUGCAGGGGAUCGAUCGAUCCCCGCCUCCCCACACGGGUGUGGGGCCCUUGCCCCCCACUUCUCCCCUGUUGCUUAUCAGGUAUCUCCUAGGGGGCCCCUGGGGGCCCCCAAGGGGCCCCCCUUAAAGGCAGCAGAUCUACCUCUCUCUCCAGGGCCCCAAGGGAGACCAUAUAGACCAGCUAACAGCAAACUGAGGAGCCAACGAGGGACUGCUGCUGAGCAGCAGCUGCAGCAGCAGCAGGAGCAGCAACAAGGAUCGCUGCUGCAGCAGGAGCAGCAAAGACAGCGUUUACAUGGCUGCAGGAACACUGCAGCAGCAGCAACAGCAGCAGCAGCAGCAGCAGAAGCAGCAGAAGGGAUAACAACUAAUUGGAGGGCAAAAGGAAAAGAGAGCAACAGCAUUAAGACCUUAGCAACGGGCACAGCAGCAACAGCUGCUGCUGCUGCACCAACAGCAGCAGCAGCAGCACCAACAGCAACAGCAGCAACUGCAGCAGCAUCCGCUGGCAUAUCAACAGAGUCGUUUGCUACGAGGGUUAGACGAGCUGCGCUUGAGCAGCAGCAGCAGCAGCAGGAGCUGGAGCAGCAGCGACUGCUGCAGCAGCAGCAAGGAAUGCAGCAAGAACUGCAGCUGCAGCUAAGACAACAGCAGCAGCAGCAGCAUCUUACACUGCAGCAGCAGCAGCAGCAGCAUCAAGAGGGGCAGAGAUAUCUUCAGCCUCCUUCUGCAGUGUAUGUACCAUCGGGCUCACAAGAUCUGCAGCAGCAGCAGCAGCAGCAGCAGCAGCAGCUACAGCAGCAGCAGCAGCAGCAGCAGCCGCUCCUCUUUUUACAGAAACAGCAAAUGCAGCAGCAAAUACAAACGUUUGCUUCUACCCAUACUGAAGUUACAUCGCAAAUACAGCAGCAGCAGCAGCAACAGGUGCUGCUGCUGCAGCAGCAGCAGCAGCAACAGCAGCAACAGCAGCAGGAUUGGUCUGUGUGGGUACAGACAUCUGCUUGUGUGCAGCAGCAGCUGCUGCUCCGUGGUGCUCCUCCAGCAGGUGCUGCUAAUGCUGCUAAUGCUGCUACUGCAGCAGCAGCAGCAGCAGCAGCAGCAGCAGCAGCAGCAGCAAUGCAGGAGCAGCAAGAAGGAGUUUUAUUUUAUCCUCCUUUAUCCCCAAGACAAAGAAUAAAACAGCGCCCUUGUUCUCUAGGCAGCUGGAUGGGACCAGGAUGCUAA